UCAGAGGUCAAACAUGGCGACGUGCACAGGGAGGGCGAGAGAGAUGACGGGGUUGUUACGAGUUUUCAGAAAUUUACUUAAGAGCGAACGAUUUCUCUCCACGUCUGUGUUGAGGCAUGCUGCGGCGUCAGAUGGACCACCAAAAUUCCUCCCUCCGACAAAACCUGUCAUCAUAGACAAAACACAGAGCGAGGCAUCACUGCGACGGUUUGUGAGUCCAGAGUUCAUCCCCCCUCGUCAGCGCAUUAAUCCUGUGAAGUUUUCCAUAGAACGGAAAGACAUGAUACAGAGGCGGAAAGUUCUGAACAUUCCAGAGUUUUAUGUUGGCAGUGUCUUAGCAGUAAGCAUGACUGACCCUCAUGCGAGUGGGAAACUGAAUCGCUUUGUUGGGAUCUGCAUUCAGCGCUCUGGAAAAGGACUGGGAGCUACUUUCAUCCUCAGGAAUGUGGUUGAUGGCCAAGGAGUGGAGUUAUGCUACGAGUUGUACAGUCCACGUCUGCAGCAGAUUGAGGUGUUGAAGCUGGAAAAGAGACUGGAUGACAAUCUCAUGUACUUGAGAGACGCGCAACCCGAGUACAGCACCUUUGACUUUGAUAUGAAACCUGUCCAUUUCGAGCUCACUGGAGAUGUUGCAAUCAGUUCAUUGAAAGUGAAAAUGAAGCCUAAGCCAUGGUCUAAACGGUGGGAACGUCCAAAGUUUAACAUUCAGGGGAUCCGCUUUGACUUAUGUUUGACCCCAGAGAAUAUGGAGCAUGCUCAGAAGUGGGCCAAACCUUGGAGGCAGUAUGAUAUGCUGCGGGAAUAUGACACGUCCAGUCUGGAGGAGCAGAUCCUACAGGAGGUACAAGGAAACCUCAGCAAGUGAGCAGUCCACAGAGAGAGUCUUUCUAAAGGGCUCUGGGGCAGAUAUGGUAACUGAGUGAGUCAGGAUGCUGAAAAGAUUUGAAUUUGAGAAGUGUUACAUUUAUUCAGUUUGGCUAUAGACUCAGCCACUCAACCACCCCAGUUCUGGUGUGUGCUUCAAAAUGGAUCCUGGAGAUGCAUUCAGAAGAGCAAACAUUAGUGCCUCGAAAAAUCUUUAUCAGUGGAACUUUUUGUGAGAAUGUGUGUUUGUGUAUUUUACACAGUGACAUGUACAUAAUGUUUAUCACCAGCUCAACAUCUUUGAAGCUAGUGCUUAUUUACAAAUAACCAUAUUCAAUUAAAAGUGGCCCAAUAAUGUAUUUGCUAUUAUUUAUCAUUAUCUCAUAUCUGUCUCAUCUUCAGUGUCUACAAUGGAGUGUCAUUUUUUAAGUUUAUGCAGUAUGCAAUAGAGGGCAGCAGAGAACACACAAAUGUGAAUAUCUGAGAAGUUGAUCAAAUAUCAUAAACGAUUAAAUCCUAAUUCCAUAUUUAAAAUAAUUAAUCAUAUUUAAGGUUCAUGUCUUCCAAUUUGCUAAGAAAUUAGAAGGGAAGUUAGUAAAAGUUGACGCCUUCUGUUGGAAUAAAAGUUUUUUUAAAAAGUGA